CGCGAGCGAACAUGGAGGUUUAGUUAUCCGCUGGUAUCUGCUGGAGAAGGACGAGCAGCGAGCCGUGUUUUAUUUUCAGUUUUCCUUUGUUGUACUUUGUUUCUCUGCCCUCUGUUCGGGCCUCAGCAUGGACAUGAAGAAGAGGAUCAGCCUGGAGCUGAGGAACAGAAAACCCGCUGAGGUGGUGGCGCUGGUGGUGGAUAACUGUCGCUCCAGUGACGGGGAGGUCGAAAGCCUGACGGAUGAGUACACGGGGCUGGAGAUCCUCAGCAUGGUGAACGUCGGCCUUGCCUCGCUCUCCAAACUGCCCUCGCUGCCCAAACUACGCAAGCUGGAGCUGAGUGAUAACACCAUCUCAGGAGGUCUGGACACGCUGGCAGAGAAGUGUCCCAACCUGACGAACCUGAACCUGAGCGGGAACAAGAUCAAGGAGCUGAGCAGCAUCGAGGUUCUGCAAAACCUGAAGAACCUGAAGAGCCUGGACCUGUACAGCUGUGAAGUGUCCACGCUGGACGACUACAGGGAGGGCGUCUUCGAGCUGCUGCCUCAGCUCACCUAUCUGGACGGGUACGACCAGGAAGACAACGAGGUGCCCGACUCGGAGGCCGACAACGACGAUGACGACGAAGCCGGCCCACCUGGAGAUGACGACGAUGAGGAAGAAGAGGAUGAGGAGGAAGGCUCUGAAGGCGACGAGGACGAGGUCGGCCUGUCGUACCUGAUGAAGGAGGGAAUCCAGGAUGAGGAAGAUGAUGGAGACUAUGUUGAAGAGGAGGAGGACGAGGAGGAGGAGGAAGAGGAAGAUGGAGAUGUGGACGGAGCAGCUGUUCAGGGGGAGAAGAGGAAGAGAGACGCAGAGGAUGAAGGUGACGAUGACGAUGAUGAAUGAUCACCUUCACACGCUGUAACACCUGACCCUCCUCCCCCCCCCCCCCCCCCUCCCCCUCCCCCUCCUCCUCCUCCUCCGGUGACCUCUGACCCCGCCGGCCGGCUGCAGACUGACAGGUUCAGGAUCAGAAACAGAUCAGUACUGAUGAACAGGAAGUGUUUGUGUCUCUGUGUUGUGAUUGGACAACGGGGACAGCCAGAAAACUUUAUUUACAAACAGACGUUUAACAGUACUAGAAGUACUUUUACUGAAGUACAGAGUGCAGUAAUACUUACCACAAAGAUUCAGAUGCUUCAUUCAGUAAAACGACCUCGGAACUGCUUAAAUUACCAUAGUGACUGAAACACCGCCGCACGGUGACGGCAGCAGCGUUAGCAGAGUGGUCCACGCGUGAUGCGUUCAGUGUGCGGCGCGUUUAGAAGGGACAAACAUGGGUCUGAGCGUCCUGCGCAGGACGUUACUUAGCAACAUUAGCAUUGUGGCUAUGCUAGUGUCGCUAACAGUGGUUCUGUCUGAACUGCACGCUGACGUCUGAACAUCUUUCUCUGAUCUGAGGUCAGUUUGUUCUCGUUCAUCUGUCGGGCAGCAGUGAUUGGCUGAGCAGCUCAACUUCCUGUUUCAGCAGCAGGUGGGCGGAGUCAGACAGGUGCCUGCAGGAGCGUUUGACGACGUACAACUACACUACAGAGGAAAGUACCUCUGCAGAGUACUUUUACUUGUAACGCAGUAUGUUCAGUCUGUGGUGGUGUACUUUUUACUUCAGUCGGUUCUUCCUCCUCGGGUGUUUCAGGUGUCGGAUCUUUUAGUUUGAUUAUUGAUCUGAUUUUAAGGUUCAGUCCGAGUCACCUUUUCCCCCUCAGUCUCAAAGACUACAGUACCCAUGAUCCUCAGCAGCUGUUGCCAUGGAGACUUUCUUUUUCUUUUUUUCUAAAUUGAUCCAAAAUCCAGAAGUGAUUUAAAAGCUCUCUGAUUGGAUGACUGUGAGAUUUGUGUCUUUAUUUAUAAAGGACUGUUACUAUAGCGUCAGGCCCCCCCGCCCCCCACCUGUCGGUCUGCAGCUCCUCGGCCCGGCUCGGCCCGGUCUCUCUGGGUCCUGGUCUGUGUAAAUAGAAGUGGUCUCUGUAGGUUUCUGCCGUGUCGUCCUUGUCGACCCUGAAUGUUCCACCUGAAGCUCCUCCUCCUCCUCUGAGUUGAUUUUAUUUUUUUACCCCGUGUGCCGGUCGUGUCGCUGUAACGAGUUUUUCAAUAAAAACAGAUAAUUUUAA